AACUUCGAAACAAGCCCAACCUGAACAAAACAAUUUUCAAAAGUUCUUACUUAAAUUUAAAGAUUUAAAACUACAUUCUAACUUUCAAAUUAUCUCUCAUUUAUAAAUAUACAUAAACAAAAUGCUGUAUUUGGAGGAUUACCUUGAGAUGAUUGAACAUCUUCCUCAAGAACUUCGAGAUCGCUUCACUGAAAUGAGAGAACUCGAUUUGUCAGUUCAAAAUGACACUGAUACUAUCGAUAAACAAAUAAGAAACUUUUUCGGACAGUGUCGUCGUGGUGAGUUAAACGGUAUUCAUGCUGAUGCGCAGUUUGAAUCAAUAAAGAAAGAUUAUGAAAAAGUUCGUGAAGAUUCAGAUGAGAAAGUUCAACUUGCUAAUCAAAUUUAUGAGCUUGUUGAUCGUUAUCUUCGCCGGUUAGAUACAGAAUUAUUGAAAUUUAAAUGUGAGCUUGAAGCAGACAAUCAUGGGAUCACAGAAUUGCUAGAAAAAAGAUCUCUUGAGCUUGAUGGUUCAUCUAGUGGGGUGAAUCAAAAAGAAAAUCGAUAUUUCGGAUCGCUGUCAUCAAAUCGUGUCGAUAGAACUGAAAGAUAUCGUCAUAAAGUUGAAAAAAGACGCGAUAGUGGAACUCCUUCUCAACUUGGAGCACCUCCAGAAAAACGUCAACCUAUAAGUUCUGGCUUAACAACUCCAACUUUACGUCCAGCAACUCCUAAUCUUACUCAAGUCCUUCAAUCAAAUCCAUCAGUUAGUUACACAGGUAACGCGACAAUAAUCGCACAAGCAGCUGCUCAAGCUAUCGAAAAGACUCAACAAAUGCAACAAGGUCGACGUACAGCAAGUCUAAAAGCAUCUUACGAAGCAAUUCAUGGCAGUGGAAUGAAUACUCACGAGCUUUUAAUGGGACGAGAUUUAAGUGCAUCUCACGCACUUCAAUCAAUGGAUCGAGAUGUGUCGUUUGCAUCUACCGCAUCUGGUAGCAACAACAAUCCAAAACGUUAUAAAAAGAAAAUAAAUUCUAUCGGAAUGGGAUCAUCACAGUCACCUCAAACAACAGGGAGCUUACUCCAUCAACUUCAGACUCAUAGCAAUGAUUCAGAUGAAAUGCCAUCAUCCUAUAUCAACAAAGACGGGAUGGUCGUUGAACAAACGGCUGAUGGUGAAUGGACUUACGAUCCCAACGAACCUCGAUAUUGUAUUUGUAAUCAAGUCUCAUAUGGCGAAAUGGUUGCUUGCGAUAAUGCCGAAUGUCCACUCGAAUGGUUUCAUUAUCCUUGUGUGGGUAUCACAACAUCACCGAAAGGCAAAUGGUAUUGUCCAAUGUGUACGAAGAAUCGGAAGAAGAAAAAUGUUUGAGAAAUCGACUGAAUGAUGAAAUAUUUUGCCAACAUUUUUUUUAUUCAUUUAAACUUAUUAAAUAAAAAUGUAAGAAAUAAAAGACUUUGAAAUCUA